GCACUCUCCGGUCGUCCCUCGUCAAGUACUCAGCAGUCAGCACCCAGUACAGUGGCCAGUACUCAUCCCCACCCCAAACCGAGAAAACCUCCUUGGAACCAAGCAGGAGAUGUCCGACCCGACGGCGGCCGCGGCCGCGGCCGCGGGUGACGCGGUGUUCGAGCGGUGCCUGCUGGCGCUGUACCUCAUCAGCCCGCUCACUGUGCUGGCGCUCCGCUUCAUCUCCGCGCCGUACGGCAAGCUCUCCCGCCCGGGCUGGGGCCCCGUUCUCCCGGCCCCGCUCGCGUGGUUCCUCAUGGAGAGCCCCACCCUCUGGCUCCCGCCGCUCGUCCUCCUCCGCUCGCCGCCGCCGCGGCUCUCCGGCCCGCUCGCCGCCCUCCCCGCCGCGCUCUACGCGUUCCACUACGUCCACCGCACGCUGGUCCACCCGCUCCGCCUCGCCUGCCUGCGCCGCGCCACGGCCCCCGUCCCGCUCCUCAUCGCCGCCUGCGCCUUCGGAUUCAGUCUCCUCAACGCCUACGUGCAGGCCCGCUCCUUCGCGCUCCACGCCGGCCGCCCGGCGUCCCCCGCCCGCUGCCUCGCCGGGCUGGCCCUCUUCGCAUGGGGGAUGCGGACCAACAUCGCGGCGGACAAGGAGCUGCUGCGGCUCAAGGAGGCCGGAGGCGGGUACAAGAUCCCGAGGGGCGGGUGGUUCGACCUGGUCACCAGUCCCAAUUACUUCGGCGAGACGGUGGAGUGGCUGGGCUUCGCCGUGGUGGCGUGGACGCCCGCGGCGUGGGCGUUCUUCCUCUACACCUGCGCCAAUCUCGGGCCGAGGGCCAGGGACCAUCGCCGCUGGUACGUGCAGAAGUUCGGCGGCGAGUACCCGGCGUCGCGCAAGGCGUUCAUCCCCUACAUCUACUAGGUGAUGUAUGUACCCUAAUUAAAAAAAAAUCAAAUUCUGGGCAUUGGAAAUAUGUUUAACCAAAUAUUUUCGGCCGCUACAAAAAUUUCUAACGGAGAUGACAAUGUUUCGAAAAUUUUGGCCAAUGUCUUGGCAUAUUGAGAUGUAUUUGCCUCUCUGCUGUGGGAGAAUGUAGCGUGUGCAAUGACAGCACGAGCGUGCGAAUCAUCGGAAGUCAGGAAUGUGCCUACUUAUCGUUCCCAUUUCACAUGCUGGCGUUUUGUUUUAUUUGAAACCUAAUUAUUAGUAGAUUUU